UCUUUUUUUUCCUUUCAUACAUUCGCAUCAAACGACCGGCGCCGUGAAAGCCAAACGCGGAUACAAAGAACUAGAAAGAGAAGAGGAACGUGUAUAAAAACGAUUCGGAUAGCAACUGCAAGUCUGGAACACACCGUCGGACCGCAUUUCUAACCAGCUGUUCCAUAUAUGAAGUUUUUAUCCAGCGACGCAACCAGUCUUCUUGCAGACCAAUCGUUUUCUACUCUCGGCAGACGGAGCCGCGAAAAACAAAAUAAAGUCAAUUUUGCCUAAAGCUUUCGUCUCCGUAUCUAAAUGAGAUUUGGCAACCUCAUAUAUUGUUAGACUGCUACCAACAGUGUACCAACUUUCGGGUUUGCGAGAGAGACAAAAAAAAAGCCUCUAAUGUGGACAUGGUUUAGUGUAAACUGAAAAACCUUGGAAACGUCAUCGGCUCCGGACGACUUCCAAAAAGGAGGGGGGAGGGGGGGGGGGGGACUCGAAUUUCAGUUCAAAGACCUUGAGUCUUGAGGUAGGACGGACUGCAAGAUAUGCGCCACAUCGUCUUCUUCUUCAGCCAACAAGCCUGAGGCUAAUAUACUCUUUCAACCCUCUUGCCGCUCCUCCUCCUCCUCCUCCUCCUCCCCGUCUUUCCUGGCUGCUCUAACUCGGACCUCUUUUGCAAGUCAUUUGCUUCCCUCCACUCUCUUGUAGCCCGGACACAACAGCAGAACGUGCUCAUAGUGUCUGUGAAUCGUGAGACCAGAGCACAUGAGUUUUGGUGUGAUAAAUACUUGGUGUGGUACGUGAUGGCCGAUCCGGAGCAGCAGUCUCAGCCACUUCCACCGACGGCACCGAAAACCCGUCUCGGAUUGUCUCUCUCUGAACGGAUCAAAGUAAUCGAAGCGCGACAGAUGGGCAAAUCCAUGCGACAGAAUGUCGACUUGAUUUUAGUUGGCUGCUCAAUUUGGCUGUGGGAAAACGCAGAUACUCAACACGCUGACUCAAAAGGAUAGGUACAUUCGUGAGUGGGAGGUGAUGGGCCGUAUUAAUCCUUCCAUUGGGGCUCGGAAACGUUUCCGACACACACGUAAUGAACAGAUUAACCGCUCUGUUCACGAGUGGUACCAACAGCAGGCAGCAAAUGGUCUCCGGAUUACAGGCCCCAUGCUGCAAAAACAAGCCAGACACUACGCAGCACAUUUAGGAAUUAUCAAUUUUGCAGCUAGCAACGGAUGGUUAGCUAAUUUUAGAAGAUUCUACAAUAUCAUCAGUUGCUCCCCGCAUCCACGGAAGCGGAAACUGGCAGCCGUCCUCCAGCCAGAAAGCAACGAGGAAGAUGCUGACCCACAAGCCAGCACUUCAAAGUGUCAGCUUGAUGCAGAAUUCGUACAAGUUGGAUGUGACGAAGUUCUUAAAAGAUCUCCGCAGUUGCCGUCUGAAAAUUUGACCGAAAAGGACCCGUUAUUAGAAGAGAACCAAGCAGAUAUACCGACGAUGAGACGCAUAAAAUUAGAACCUGCAUCUGAAGAUGAAGAACAACUUAGCAAUUGUCCACCUAGAGACAAAUUUCUAGACGAGCCUUUAGAAUGUUCAAAUCGGCCACAAAAUUUAGUCAUGGAUGAAGAUAGUUCGUUAAGAAAUUCUGAGGAGUCUCCCCAUAUUUCAACUAGCAAGCCAAAGGUCCCUUCAACAACCACCAUAAAUCAUCGAAAACGCCGCCUUCUUCACAGAGAACAUACCGAAAGAGCACCAUCUCCCCGAGACGUAGGACAUAGUAGAAUUGUUGAAGCCAAUCAAGCUUUCGGCAUGGUAGAAGAAAGACGGCUACCGAGACUUGAUCCAAUAUCUCCAUUAAAAGUCUACUCAGCUGAACUACAGAAUCUUGCCCGGGCCAAGGGCUUGCUUACUGUUUCGAUGAAAGACGAAUGUGGCAGCGAAUGGGUAGAAAUUCGUCAGUCUGUCGCAUUUUAUCGAGUUCCAAAUCACGGCUAUCCGACUCACUUGUCACGGCUCGUUGUUGAUUCUAGUCUUCAAUAUUACCUCGAAGUGCUUGGACAGUGUGUCCAAAAAGGAUCUCUAAUAUUUAAGGAGGCCAGCUAUAGUUUUAAUUAUUCUGAAGCCGCUUCGAUUCUAGAUGCUCUGAACGGCGGACAUACGGUCUGUGAUGGAAUCGAAUUUUUGUCAAACAGAGUUACUGAUUUGCAUAUGAAGAACGUUCAAGAACUCGGACAUUCGGAGAACAUGUAUGCAACAUUACCUGACCAACGAUUUCGAUCGAUCGAUUGUAGCAUAUGGAUUGACAGUCGCAUCGGUGUGAAAUGUUUAGCGUGCAAACUAGCGAGCAGCAAUUUUAUUGCCAAUACGCCAAUGGAUCUACGUUGCCCAUCCGUUUUCAAUUCGUGAUCCAUUAUAUGUGUUGGUAGUUGAAUUCUUAAAAAUUAUAGUUAUUGAAUAAUUAACUGUGAUGGCUGCUUGUGUAAUAGACUAAUGUCAGAUUUGUUUUUUUAUAAACCUGACAGUGAUUUGCCGUUAGAAAAAAUUCAGCUCAUUGUUGUUUACUUGAUUAUUUUGAUAAAGAAGGCAUCAAGGGUUUUGUAACUCAGAAAUCUAUCACAAUUCUAGAUCUGCAUUAAAUAAAAAUUCUUUUUUGCUUCAAAAU